AUGAUAUUGACCAGUGUGUUUUGCUCUAAAAAUUGGAAAAUCGACGCAUUUGCGCGCGAAGAUUAUAUUGCAGCAAAACCUUUCUCCGAAGAGUCCUCGUUUGCGACUCUGUUCCCAAAAUACCGUGAAAAAUAUCUUCGCGAGGUUUGGAGUGCUGUAACCCAGGCACUGGACGCUCAUCAUCUCGCAUGCACUCUCGAUUUGGUCAGCGGUUCUAUGUCUGUACGAACGACACGAAAAACAUUCGAUCCCUACAUCAUAUUGAAAGGGCGGGAUUUACUCAAAUUACUUGCUCGAGGCGUCCCUGUUACUCAAGCGGUCAGAAUUCUGGAGGAUUCUGUUGCCUGCGACAUCAUUAAAAUUGGCAGCCUUGUGCGGAAUAAAGAGCGAUUUGUGAAGCGAAGACAGCGUAUAAUUGGGCCAGAUGGGAGUACUUUGAAGGCCAUUGAACUGUUGACCCAAUGCUAUGUCCUCGUCCAAGGCAACACAGUCAGUGCCAUGGGUCCGUAUAAGUCGCUCAAAGAGGUGCGAAGGAUCGUUUUGGAUUGCAUGAAGAACAUUCAUCCAAUAUACCGGAUAAAAGAACUUAUGAUAAAACGGGAGCUUGCGAAGGACCCCAAACUUGCAAACGAGUCCUGGGAUCGUUUCUUACCUAAGUUCCGCAAGCGGCAUCUCAAAACCUCAGAAAAGACAGCGAAGAAGAACGAGGCAUUGGAGGCCAAAAAAGAGGCGCGUGCGGCUGCAGGUUUACCGGAGGCGGGACCUUCCAAGCCAGCCAAGAAGGUAUACACACCGUUCCCGCCUGCACAGCUCCCUCGAAAGAUCGACUUGCAACUCGAAUCAGGAGAGUAUUUCCUCAAAUCGCACGAGAAAGAAGCAAAGGAGAUCGAACGUCGCAAACAAAAGCAAACGGAAACAACUGCCAAGAGGCGAGCCGAACGAGCAGAAGCAUUUGUGGCGCCUGUAGAGGAGGCGGCGCCAACAGUAGAGGAAAAGCGACAUCGAAAACGGAAAGCAGAGACAACUGAAGCAGCAGUGGAAUUGGAAGAGGGUGUCGAGCGGAUCAAGAAGAAGAAAAAGAAAAAGGCUGUCGAGGACAACGACUACUAG